AAACUUAGUGAAAUUAACAAAAAAAAAAACAAUUCAUCUUUCCAUAAUUUUUAUGAACUCUUUGCUUUUAGGAUUUGCCAAUUUCGAUUUCUUGUUUAUACGUUUCCUGAUCUAUUCGUUUUAGCUCAAGCUUCGAUCAAAAAGCUUCGAGCUUUACACAAAAUCCAUGGAUUCUUCGCCUGUAUCGGUUCGAUUCGAUAUAUUCGAGAUUUAUCGCAGAUUUUGUGGCAUAAGAUCAGGUCAACAGUUGUGUGAUUAUAGUAAACCCGAGGAUGGCGAGGAAUCACAGAGAACUAACUCAUCUAGAGAAGCAUUAACUCAGCUCUUGUAUCUAGUAGAGAAUAAGUUUCAAGCAAGAAACUCUAUUUUUGAUGAAUUGUUCAAGUUGAUGUCACGGUUAGACUUAAUGGUGGACUUUAAUGAGUUUACCUGCUUUUAUGAUUUUGUUUUCUUUAUGUGUCGUGAAAACGGACAAAAGAAUAUAACUAUAAGUAGAGCUAUCACUGCAUGGAAACUGGUUUUGGCUGGAAGAUUUAGGUUACUGAACCGCUGGUGUGACUAUAUCGAGAAAAAUCAACGGCACAAUAUUUCAGAAGAUACUUGGCAACAAGUCUUAGCGUUUAGUCGUUGUGUUCAUGAGAAUCUAGAAGGAUAUGACUCUGAAGGUGCAUGGCCUGUCCUAAUAGAUGACUUUGUCGAGCAUAUGUACAGCAUUUUAGGUCCGAAUAAGGACACUAACUUAUUCUGCAAAUGUGGUGACACAGAAUCUGAACCAUGCCUCUAUGAAGAAGAUGAGCAUCACAAAGAUAAUCACUGCCCCCAUACGGGUUUAAGAAACAUUCCAGGUUUAAAGAGAAAAACAUCGAACGACAAUGACGAAGAAGAAGAAGAAGAUGAAGAUGCAUCAGAGACCCAAUACAUUUCUUUUUCAUCAAACUUGAAACGAACCAAAACCAACAACAGUCCAAGAUGUUCAUCUAAGUCUCCUUGUUCAAUCGAACGAAGUCUCUCACAAGGUUUCGCGAGUCUUCUAUCGACUGGAGACAAGCCAUGGAACACUUAAACGCCUGCCCACAUAAGUUCUAUAGAUUUAUACAAAAGCAAAAGAUGUCUCAAGCUGUUGUUCUCAUCUUCUUUAAAAGACAGUUUGAGUUCUUCUUUGUUGUAAGCUAUAUACAAUAAUUUGUUUCUCACUCCAUUCAUAAUUUGAUCUAUUUCCAUUUUACUCUCU